ACGCCCCCGCUUCGCGGGCGGCCGCGGGUCGCGCAUGCUCCGUGCGAGGGGGUGGGCCGCGGCUCCUACCGGAAGCGUUCUCUCCUAGGCUGCAUUUCCUUCCUGUGCGAGGCCGGCUCAGGGCACUUGCUCCGGCUGUUUCUGCUCGUGGGUUAACAAUCAAGAUGGUACAUGCUGAAGCCUUUUCUCGUCCUUUGAGUCGGAAUGAAGUUGUUGGUUUAAUUUUCCGUUUGACAAUAUUUGGUGCAGUAACAUACUUUACUAUCAAAUGGAUGGUAGAUGCAAUUGAUCCAACCAGAAAGCAAAAAGUAGAAGCUCAGAAACAGGCAGAAAAACUAAUGAAGCAAAUUGGUGUGAAAAAUGUGAAGCUCUCAGAAUAUGAAAUGAGUAUUGCUGCUCAUCUAGUAGACCCUCUGAAUAUGCAUGUUACUUGGAGUGAUAUAGCAGGUUUAGAUGAUGUCAUUACGGAUCUGAAAGACACCGUCAUCUUACCUAUCAAAAAGAAACAUUUGUUUGAGAAUUCCAGGCUUCUACAACCUCCAAAAGGUGUUCUUCUCUAUGGGCCUCCAGGCUGUGGUAAAACAUUGAUUGCCAAGGCCACAGCCAAAGAAGCAGGCUGUCGAUUUAUUAACCUUCAGCCUUCAACACUGACUGAUAAGUGGUAUGGAGAAUCUCAAAAAUUGGCUGCUGCUGUCUUCUCCCUUGCCAUAAAGCUACAACCAUCCAUCAUCUUUAUAGAUGAAAUAGACUCCUUCCUACGAAACCGUUCAAGUUCUGACCAUGAAGCUACAGCCAUGAUGAAAGCUCAGUUUAUGAGUCUCUGGGAUGGAUUGGAUACUGAUCACAGCUGCCAGGUCAUAGUAAUGGGAGCUACCAAUCGUCCUCAGGACCUCGACUCGGCUAUAAUGAGAAGAAUGCCUACAAGAUUUCAUAUCAACCAGCCUGCUUUAAAACAGAGAGAAGCAAUCCUGAAACUCAUCUUGAAAAAUGAAAAUGUGGACAGGCAUGUAGACCUGCUCGAAGUUGCCCAGGAAACAGAUGGGUUUUCAGGAAGUGACCUAAAAGAGAUGUGUCGAGAUGCUGCCCUCCUCUGUGUUAGAGAAUAUGUUAAUUCUACAGCAGAAGAAAGCCAUGAUGAAGAUGAAAUCCGGCCUGUUCAACAGCAGGACCUGCAUCGAGCAAUUGAAAAGAUGAAGAAAUCAAAGGAUGCAGCAUUUCAGAAUGUUUUAACACAUGUUUGUUUAGAUUAAGAGUAAAGAUCAUUUGUACAGUUCAGUGAUCUAGUUUGGUGUGUCCUCUUAUCACUUAGUGGAAAUAGAAUGGAAGGAGUGUUCUUUAAACAAUGAGGGAGCUUAAUGUUUAUGGUUUUAUACUCUGAAUUCUAAGUUAUUGAGUUACAGUUGUUACAUAAAUGGUAUUACUGUUUGUCAGAAAUCAUGAGGAGGAACAGUUGAAUCCAGCCUGAACUUGGGUGCUUGUGUUUGACCUCUUUAGCCAUAUGUUGUACAGCCUUAUAGAAUCUAAGCUGGUCUUAAAAGUCAUAAAUGAUUCAAUUAGUGAGGAAUGGGGAUGUGGUUAGGUGCUGGUUCCUAGACAUGUGAGUAUGUGUUUGUGUGUGUGCGUAUGUGUGUGUAUAUUAAAUGUAUAUAUCCACACAUUUUAUAUUGACACUCUGUAGAUAUGUUUGAAUACAGAAACUUUUUUUUUAUCCCAACUACUGAAUCCAAGAGUACCAAAUAAUAUAUAGUAAAACUAAGGUUUAAGGUUGUGUCAAAAAGGUACAGUGAUUCAGCCAUUUCCGUUUUGUCAUUUGUUUCAGUCUUUUUUAAGUUGAAUGUUUUUCUUUCUGCAAUUGAUUUGUUGGAUCCUCUGCAUCUUACAUAUAUACAUGGGCUCAAUUAUUAUGUUUGUCAGGAAAUAAAAAUACUAAUUCAAUGAUCAGCACUGAAUGGUUGUUAGGCACUUGUGUUCAACACUGAUUCCAUCUUUCCGUAAGCAAACUGAGUAGAAACUUUUUUUAAAGUAUAAAUUGAUUUACAUGAAAGUGGAUUAGAAGGCCUUUCAAAAGAAUGGCUUUGAAAAACCUCAGUGCCCUUUAAUACAUGUACAUUUCUUUCCUUUCUUCAUUUAAUGUAACAUAUGUCUGUUCUCACUAUGUUUCUUAAAAAUUAUUUUAAGGUUAUAUGUUCUUUAAUUAUGGUCAAAUAUAAUUUGGUCAUCAAAAAUGAAAUAAUAGUUUAACAGAAGUAGCUGUUACUAAGUGUGCUAAAAAUACUCAUUUUGUAAUUAGUUUUCUUACUAUAUCAUAAAUUGUGCCCUGGUCAAGUACAAAUGUACACAUCAAAAUGCCCAUAUUGUAUCUAUCUGUAGUCAUUUGAUGUGAAUUAUUUGUGAAAUUUUUUUGUUCAAAAUAUCACUAACCAGAAUUCUGUUAUAGGCACCUAAACAUGCAGCAUGAGGAAAUCGGCACAACACAAUCUUGAGGUGCCUUCUGAAUCAUCAGAUUAAAUUAUGCUUCAUAUGUUUUUGCUUUUACUGUAUUUCUUUAAAAGCUCUCAAUCUUUAUUCAUGUGUUACAAGAUUAAUUUAUCUGAUAAUGUCUCACAAGAAUCUGUUAGAUUGUUUAUUCUUCAGUUGCACUUUCAAUGGUGGGGUGGAAGUUUCAGGUGAACACUGGAUAACAAAAAGCAAGUUCUGGAAGAUUGUGUAGAGGUUGGAAAAAUUGAAUACAAGAUACCAAAAAUGAAAAAAAAAAAGUGUCCCAUUUUUAAUAACUAUCUUAUAUUAUUAUUUUAUAAAUGUGUAAUAAAGGGGUCCCUCUUUA